AAGUUACAAACCAAAGCAUUCUCACUCUCUCUCUCUCUCUCUCUCUCUCUGAUCGAUCUUCUUCGAACAUUCUUUCGUUCACACGCUGCCGAUUCUCUUCGAUUCAAUAUUUCUAAUUCUUUCUCGUUUUUUCCGUUCUUUAUCAUCUUACUUUCAUUUUCAUUUCUGAUUUGCAGGAUCUACAUUAUUAUUAUUAAUGGCGGGGGCGGUUCAUUGGAGAUACCGUUUUCGCGAAAUCGAUUCUUCAAAGAAGGAUAACUUGGAUAGGUUCAUUCCAAAUAGAUCAGCAAUAAACUUUGGCUAUGCUCACAACAUGUUGACGGAAGGUGCAAAAAAGGGGAAAGAGAAUCUAGCGGAGAUGUCGACUUACCAGAAACUACUCGCCGAAGCAUGUGACAUUCCGACCCGAAUAUUGGCCUUUAAGAAUAAACCUCCAACCCCUAAGGAAAUUUGGCCUCCUCUUCCUCCUCCUCCUCCUCAAUGCAGAUCAUCCAAGCCCAAAAGACACAUUCCUAAAACUUGGGAGAGGAAGUUGGAUGCCCCUUAUAUGGUAGACGACUUUUGCUUGAACUUGUUGGAUUGGGGUAGCAGUAAUGUCAUUAGUAUCGCCCUUGAAAAUAGUGUCUAUCUUUGGAAUGCUUCAAAUAGCUCCACUUCAGAACUUGUCACUGUGGAUGAUGAAUAUGGUCCUGUUACAAGUGUUAGCUGGGCCUCAGAUGGACGACAUAUAGCCGUUGGUUUGAACAAUUCAAUUGUCCAAAUUUGGGAUGCAACAACUACUAAACAGCUGAGAACAUUGAGGGGUGGACACAGAGGAAGAGUGGGUUCACUGGCUUGGAAUAGUCAUAUUCUGACAACCGGAGGAAUGGAUGGUAAAAUAGUAGACAAUGAUGUUAGAGUGAGAUCUCACAUUGUUCAAACUUACAUCGGACAUGAUCAGGAGGUUUGUGGGCUCAAAUGGUCACCCUCAGGACGACAAUUGGCGAGUGGUGGAAACGAUAAUGUUGUUCACAUAUGGGAUAGGUCUGUGGUUUCUUUAAAUUCACCUACCCGUUGCCUUCAUAGGUUUGAGGAACACAGGGCUGCUGUGAAGGCACUGGCUUGGUCUCCUUUUCAAAGUAAUCUAUUGGCUUCUGGUGGAGGUGAUAAUUGCAUUAAGAUGUGGAACACUCGCACAGGUGCGAGAUUGAACUCUGUUGACACAGGAUCGCAAGUAUGUAGUCUGCUGUGGAAUAAGAACGAGCGUGAGCUUCUUAGCUCACAUGGUUUCACUGAGAACCAGCUUACCCUUUGGAAGUAUCCUUCUAUGGUGAAGAUGGCAGAGCUUAACGGUCAUACCUCGAGGGUACUACACAUGACACAGAGUCCUGAUGGGUGUAUGGUGGCAACUGCUGCCGCGGAUGAAACUAUGAGACUUUGGAAUGUCUUUGAAACACCACUAAAGACAAGUGAUGAGCCCUUUGCUAAGUUCAACCGUAUCCGUUGAACAAGCACCUGCAUCAUCCCCAAAAUCCCUAACAAAAACUCCCACAGCAUCAUCACCAAAUUCUGUUUUAGUUUUCUAUGUCAGUCCCUCCCCCCCACCCACCACCACCACACACACACACGCGCGCGCAUCAUUUUUUUAUUUUAUGAUUGGUUUUUUUAUGGUUUAAUAUUUUUGUUGAUAGUUUACCUAACUGAUUUGUUGCGUCAUUUUAUUUUGGAGCCUAACUUUGUGGCUUUCUCAGCUCUCAAUCUUUGUAUGUUUAGGAUUUGAUAUUUCGCAUUUGAUUUUAAGUUGAUUUUAGCUUUGAUUAGGCUUUUCUUCAUGUCCAAUUCUCGCAUCUCUGUAAUUGUUGCUGCAUUUGUUGGAUCAACCAAUUUUCACACCUCUUAGACCAUAGGUUGGUUUCCCUACACAAGCGAAUUUUGAUUAGUGCAUGCUUUCAACCAGUUGAAUGACUACUAUAUCAAUACUUUACUUCCUUAUAGCUUGUAUAUCCAAAUUGAGGAAAGUGUUGAGAAUGUGAAGUAUGUUAGUGUUGGUUCAUGCUUAAUUUUAGGCUAAGUUGGGUGCACAAAUUAGGGCUUAGUGGUUCUAUUUGGUCCCAUUAUUUUUUACUGCAGACAAAGACACUGCGAAUCGCAAGGCAAUAUGGCUUGGAGACUCAAUGGUUGCAUCUGUAUUGGAAUCUACAUCUUAGCUUCUUUGCUUCUUGGUAUCAAUGAUGUGAGAUCUGACAAAGCAGCUAAACAAAGGCCAGGUAGCCCUGUUACAUUUCCUCGCCAAAAACGUUCUGUAAGGCCCCGCUUGUACCUUUCUAUUGAUUCAGAUUCGGAAUAAAGAUUAGGGACUCUUAGCACCAGAUAUUGUAUUUAUAAUUUGGAGGCAUUUUUGGUCCUCGAAAAGUGGCAGUUAUGUGUUGAGGCAUCUCUAGUGGAACAGCUAUAAAUUGGCCCUAACGCUGCACUUGCCCCCUUUGGCAAUGAUAUUGGCGGCACAGAUUCUCAAUUCUCUAUGCUUGAUAUUGAAGUUAAUGGGUUGUGGUCGAGCUAUCAUUCUUUCGAUUUUCAAUAAUCUAUUGAGGACAAAGACACUGUGAAUCACAAGACGAUAUGGCUUGAAGACUCCAUGGUUGUAUCUGUAUUGGUAUUGGAAUCUACAUCUUAGGGUUCACAAUAUCCAUAAUCCUUUCUCAACAUGUAUUGUGAUUAAGGUGAUUUCACUAAAAUAUCAUAUGUUUAUCUAACCUCGAUAAUGUGAUUCCGCUUCAUCUAUGCUCGUUAAGAAUGAUCAUUUAUGUGAGAAUAUAUUUUCGUUCAAUAAUAAAAUGUAGGGUUGAUUGACAUA